AUUUGGACUUGGUUUUCUCCGCCCCCAAUCUCCUCUUCAUCUCGUUUCGCAAUCUCUGAGUCGAAUCGGUGAGUUUACCUGAGUCGAGUCGAGUCGAGUCAUGUCGGACGAGGAGCACCACUUCGAGUCAAAGGCCGACGCCGGAGCCUCCAAGACCUAUCCUCAGCAAGCCGGCACCAUCCGCAAAAGCGGUUACAUCGUCAUCAAGGGUCGUCCCUGCAAGGUUGUUGAGGUUUCAACCUCCAAGACUGGUAAGCAUGGUCAUGCUAAGUGCCACUUUGUUGCAAUUGAUAUUUUCACUGCCAAAAAGCUUGAGGAUAUUGUUCCCUCUUCCCACAAUUGUGAUGUUCCUCAUGUGAAUCGUACUGACUACCAGUUGAUUGAUAUUGCUGAGGAUGGAUUUCUGAGCCUGCUUACUGAAAAUGGGAACACCAAGGAUGACCUCAAGCUCCCUACUGAUGAGGCUCUACUUUCUCAGAUAAAGGAUGGGUUUGCUGAGGGUAAGGACCUUGUUUUGAGCGUUAUGUCUGCAAUGGGUGAGGAGCAGAUUUGUGCCCUGAAGGAUAUUGGGCCAAAGUAAGGCAGUUUGCUGUCUCUUAUUUAAGAAAAUGAUAUUUUUGUAUCUUGUUAAACUGGACUCUAGUCAGACUAGUCUUGCCAACAAUGUUUAUGGAUGUGACAGAAACUCUGACAUUUUUUGCUUUCCAUGUUCUCCCCAGAUUUUCUUAUAAAAUACAACAACCCUGUUUUCAGAUGGAAAA